UGGGGGCGCCGGGCGCUGUCACGUGCCGGAGCCCCGCUCGCCGCUGCGGAGCCGGAGGAGCUGGACGGGGCCACGGAGCCGGGACGGGGCCGGGGGGCUGCGCCGGGGCCGGCGGCGAGCGGGGUGAAUUGCAGAAAGUGAUUCCCAGAGCAUCUUGGCUGUAUGAACUCUUGAGCUGUCAAGGGACUGAGAGGCUUAUGAAGAGGUUCUGUCAGGCAAAACAGUGCUUAGCAAAGACACCAAGGAGGAGGGAAAAGGAGAAAGGGAGGGAGAGAGAGCUGAAACACUAACAAACCAUGAGAUCUAUCCGAUCUUUUGCUAAUGAUGACCGCCAUGUAAUGGUGAAACAUUCAACCAUUUAUCCAUCUCCAGAGGAACUUGAAGCUGUCCAGAACAUGGUAUCAACAGUAGAAUGUGCCCUUAAACAUGUCUCUGACUGGAUGGAUGAAAAGAACAAGUCUACAAAAUGUGAGGGUGAUAUGGAAGCAAAGGAGGAAGCUGCGGAAAGCAAUGCCAAGGAUCAAGGUGGUCGGACGUUGUGUGGUGUUAUGAGAAUUGGCUUGGUUGCAAAGGGCUUGCUGAUAAAAGAUGAUAUGGAUCUGGAGCUGGUUCUCAUGUGCAAAGAAAAACCCACAAAGACCUUGUUAUGUAUAGUUAAAGACAAUCUCCCAGCUCAAAUUCAGAAACUUACAGAAGAGAAGUAUCUCGUGGAGGAGCAUGUAAAUGAGGCAGCUAUUAUUAUUCGUAACACAAAGGAACCCAAGCUAACUUUGAAGGUGAUACUUACAUCCCCUCUCAUUCGAGAUGAAGCAGAGAAGAAGGAAGGAGUAGAUAAUGUUGCGAUGAAAGAUCCUCCGGACUUAUUGGACAGGCAGAAAUGCCUGGAGGCCUUGGCGUCUCUGCGGCACGCCAAAUGGUUUCAGGCCAGGGCAAAUGGACUAAAAUCAUGUGUAAUUGUCCUUCGUAUUCUGCGGGAUUUGUGCAACAGAGUCCCCACAUGGGCACCACUGAAAGGAUGGCCACUCGAGCUUAUAUGUGAAAAAUCUAUAGGUACUUGUAAUAGACCUUUGGGCGCUGGGGAAGCAUUGCGACGAGUGAUGGAGUGUUUGGCAUCUGGAAUUCUGCUUCCCGGAGGCCCUGGUCUGCAUGACCCCUGUGAACGGGAGCCAACAGAUGCUUUGUCUUAUAUGACAGUUCAGCAAAAAGAAGCCAUUACGCACAGUGCUCAGCAUGCCCUCAGAUUAUCAGCCUUUGGUCAGAUCUAUAAGGUUUUGGAAAUGGAUCCCCUCCCAUCAAAUAAGUCAUUUCAGAAAUAUUCCUGGUCAGUAACUGACAAAGAAGCAUAUCCAUAUUACAAGGAAAUUUAUACCCUAGGUACAGGCUCAUCUGCUCUUAAGAGACCAUUUGAAGAUAGUGUCGGGGACGAUAAAGAUCCAAAUAAAAAGAUGAAGCGUAAUCUGAGGAAAAUACUAGAUAGUAAAGCAAUAGAUCUCAUGAAUGCUCUGAUGAGGCUGAACCAAAUCAGGCCAGGGCUUCAGUAUAAGCUGCUGUCACAGUCUGGUCCAGUCCAUGCCCCAGUCUUCACAAUGUCUGUAGAUGUUGAUGGUACGACAUAUGAAGCAUCAGGACCUUCUAAGAAAACAGCCAAGCUCCAUGUGGCAGUGAAGGUUUUACAAGCAAUGGGGUAUCCAACUGGUUUUGAUGCAGAUGUGGAGUGUAUGAGUUCUGAUGAAAAAUCAGAUACUGAAGGUAAAAAUGAAACAACGUCUUCAAUCUCAAGCAAUAAUACUGGAAAUUCCACAGCUGACACCUCCGCUACCCUAGAGGUAAGAACUCAGGGUCCUAUACUCACAGCAAGUGGCAAAAACCCGGUGAUGGAGCUCAAUGAAAAAAGAAGAGGUCUGAAGUAUGAGCUCAUCUCCGAGACUGGUGGAAGCCAUGACAAGCGCUUUGUGAUGGAGGUAGAAGUAGAUGGGCAGAAGUUCAGAGGUGCAGGCCCAAAUAAGAAAGUAGCAAAAGCAAGUGCUGCAUUAGCAGCACUUGAAAAACUGUUUUCUGGGCCUAAUGCAGCAAACAACAAGAAAAAGAAGAUUCUUCCUCAGACUAAAGGGGUUGUCAAUACAGCUGUUUCUGCAGCGGUCCAGGCUGUUCGAGGCAGAGGACGAGGUGCUUUAACACGAGGGGCAUUUGUUGGGGCAGCUGCUGCUACUGGAUACAUAACACCAGGCUAUGGAGCACCGUAUGGGUACAGUACUGCUGCACCAGCUUACGCCAUAUGCACUUGUAUAAAAUAAGCAGAAAUGUAGUGACUGUAAGCUGAGAUCGUGAUAUAAAAGCAUAAAAAGCUGUAUUGACACUCAAGUGUCAGGCACUGCAUUCCUUGCAUACCAGUGGAAAACAUUUGGGUAGGUACCAAAGCCACAGCCAUGGCCUGCACUGAAAGCCGUACCAUGUUUAUAGGUACGUGGAAUAAAAAUGAGAAGUGGAAUGUGUGAUACUAACUAACUAAUAAAAAGAGAAAUUAUCUCCCUAAACUAUUAAAGCUAAACUCCAACUGAAAAAUGAAAGACUUUGACGAUAUUACAGUUCAAAUCUGCAGAGAUCAAAUUGUAUUAGGCCAAAUUAAUUCAUGAAGCAGCCAGGUUUGCUUUCCUCUUGUGGGUGCAGUGGGAGGAGAGGAAGGCAGGCAGGCAGUGGUUUAACUCUGCAUGAAUAAUUUGCUUAGCUGUGGUUUUCUAAAGCUAGAAAUUAGGAUACAGCCAUCCAUAAAUAAUUAUUUUCAGUUCUGUAGUAAAUGUUUUAACAAAUAUUUUACUUGGAUUAAAAUGGUUUUGGAUUAUGACCUAUAUGGUGCACAUGAUAUGUGUAGUUUUAAAAUACUAAGUUUUUUUUUAAUUUGCUUUUAUAUAACCUUGUGUUAUACAAAGUUGCAGAGUACAGUACUGCACAACUGCAGUACUUGCAGUACUUGAAGUUGCUGGAAACAACUCUCUUUAUAUAAAAAUGGUUAAAAAAAAAAAAAAGGUGAAAGGGAGGGAGUUGAUGUUCCAUUAGCAUUUUAGGGUCUCAAUUCAGAGAUGAAAGCAUAAAAAACCCUGACUGAUCACAGUUUAUACUGAUAUAAAACAGGAAAACACUUGGUACGGAGUAUGUAGUAGUAGAUCAGGCCCAAAGCUUGUUGUUUUGCAUCAAAAUAUAACAGCAAAAAUAAACUAUAUUUCAUUUCAAUAUUGAAACAUCAAAUUCACUAAAUAACUGCAUGUGUAGGUUAUCCAUAACUCAGGAUAUGUCUGGAUAGAAUUCAUAGGCUGAUGUAGAAAAAUAGCUGUUAAAUAUUGUUAGCUUUGCUGCUGUGGGCAAAAACCUGACCUUGCAAGUGGCCUGUAUAUUUGCACCUGGGGAAUUGAACUUAAGGAACUGUACCAGUGACUUGCCCACAAAAGCACAUAACCAUUUGAUUACAUUUGCAGGUGCAAUUGAUGAGCCAUCAGAAUGUCCUUCCCAUUUGGUGGUGCAGAUUUUCAUCUGCUGUUAUGUUCAAGGUGCAAACUUGGGGCUUGGUCUGAAGCUCACUUAAAAUUAAAUUCAUUCUUUCAGCCUGUCAGGCUAAGCAGUCCUCAUAGUGGAGCAGCAGGCUGCUCCGUUUCCUUUGGAAAACAGUAUUUUUAUAUGCGUCAAGGCAAUGUUAAGGUGCAUUAUAAUGAACUUCUCUUGAGUAUUCCUUUCCUAGGCUUAACUGACGUCAGUCUGACAAGCACUGUCCAGUUCAAAGACUGAUUAAUAAAAUGUCUUGCUGACUCUUAUUUGAUCUGUUUCUUUGUGGCCUGUACUUGGCAGCUUAAUCCAUUUGUAUUGGUUUCCAUCAGAAUGGCUUUGACUGAAUUUCCAUAUUUUUCUGUCAUUACCCUUUUAACUCUUACAGUUGUAAGCAUUCCACUCUUCUGCUUUUUUUUUUUACAUUCUCACUUUGUUGGAUCUUGUCUUUCACUGAAAAGAUACUAAACUUCUCUAAUACAUUUUUGUUGGUAAUGUGAGUACUUAUGUCUGAAAUUUGUUGCCUUGCCUUUGCUGUGCCCAUUCUCAGUAGGACAGACACCAUUUCCUGACAUGUGAAGUACGCAGUGUACAUAAGACUCCUAAAUCCUGGGUUUUGUUGCCACUUGGAAUGGGUGGUAAGAUCCUAAGGUGCAAGAUUGCCUAGGAACCCGUCUCAUUGACAGUAGAACUUGAGCAAAACAUUUCUGUGAAGUGUCAUGGAUGUAGGCUCCUUAAGUGCCUAAUUUAUUGGCGUUGGAGAAAACAGUGAAAUUCUAACAUUGGGUAACAUCUGCUUGAUUGAUGUUGCAACAAGCACUGUUUUGCUAAGGCAGAACUAGAAACUCCUUUCUUUUGCAUAAUACUUGCAGGUUUCCUUUUAAAAGCCUCCUCACAGGAGCAUGGUCUAAAGUGCCUUUUCUGUGAGAUUAGAGGUCUGUUUUAUGGCAACCAAGCUUUGUAUUUCUGGAUAUACCCAAUAGCCAAAUAUGUAAACCUGGUUCUGUAUGCUUUGUGCAGCUGCUAGUAUCAUUGCCUAUUUUGUUAGUACCUUUUCAGUGAAGCAAAAAUAUUAUUUUGUAGUUUAAAUUUCUGGUUCAUGGAAAAGAAUUCUGAAAAAGUUCCUUUCAAUUAGUACGUACAUAAAUAGGACACCAGGAAAAGUCUGUGCCUGUACACCACCCACCUUAACUCUAGUUUUAGCUAACCAGAUGAUAGUGUGUAUUUUGGGAGAUGGUGUCUGGCACUUAAAGGAUUAAAAGACGCCAGAGCUUUACAAGAAAGAAUUGACCUGUUUAAUGUGUUAUCUGUAUUGGAGGUGAAUGGCACUACCAUUGACUUUGAAGCUCACAGUUGUUCUUCCAGUGGUCUGCUUGGUUAACACUGAGGAAAGCGAGGCUAUUUACAGAAUAGGGAGAUUAAAAUAUAGACUGUUCCACUGUUAUAACAGCAUUUGUUUGCUGUUAGCCACACUUGCAUCAAACCCAUCAUCAGGAAGGUACAUGCUUUCCCUUUCUACUAGUUUGGGUUUCGUGGCACCACAUAAGAGAGAAAUGUAUGUAUAAAGCAGCCUGUUGCACUGACUGUUGUCUGAAGUGCCUGUGCAGGACAGCAGUUCUCUCUGGCCUAUCUAUCCUUCAGAAAAUUGAAUCCCAAUUGACUUCUUACACAGUUGUAGCAUUGGUGUAAAAGCAGCAGCACUGGUAUGACCUUGCAAUGAGGUCAGAUAUUCUAGAAGCAGUGUUUUCCUUUGGUUUGAAAUAGGUGAAAGCUAGACAGAAGUAUUGUUUAGAAAUUUGUCAGCACAUGACUUCAGGAGACACCUGGUGUUACCAUACAUAUGAUACCAAUCAGCUGGUAGCUCCUCUCCGAAAGUGUCAUAGCUCUGCAAGGAGUUGGCACUUCCAUUUCACCAGCUGCAAUGGUCAAAGAACUCGAGUUUUAAACAGCAGUCUUUAGAGGUGGAAAGCCUGAAGUACCAUGUACUGCUAACCAUACCUCAGCUUUUUCCUCCUGAUGGGUGAGUGGCAGCUGGAAUACUUGUCAUUUUCACAGAUAUGCAACUGUGAAUUUUGAAGAAAUAAGGUAUUUAAUAAAGUAGGACUUCAAUCCUACUUUGCCAGUGAUAUGAGCUUUCUCUGAGCAUGUUCUGUCUAGAGAAGGUUUUAAGGCAACCAGAUUGGUCUGGAGGGCUUGGCUAGCUGAAAGCAUGGUACAUGAUUCUUCCUGCCAUCAUGUCCUCUCUCUGCCAGUGCUUGCUGUCUUCCUUAAGCACACAUUCAGGAGUUGGAACAUGGUCACCUUAUUCCUGGGCAUUGUGCCAGUUGGAUGGAGGGAGGCCAGCCUAUGCUUAUGAAGGGAAUGUGUAACAUGCAGCCUCUGUUGUCCAAGCAAUUUCUGUUGGAUGCAGUGCACAAUCCAACCCUCACAAAGGCAAUUUAGUGCCUGGGUAGGUGGUUCCUAAUCUGUCUAAUUGGCUGUCAUGUAGCCAGUGUGAGCUAAUUAGAUGAUUCAGCAAUUGUCAUGGCUCCCACUUAAUGUGCUGUGAACCCUGCUGCUGUGACUUUUGCUGCAGUUAAAUACCUUUGCUUCUCUGAAUUCUGUCCUCUUUCCCUGCCUUUUCUGAUCACCUUCUAGUAUCCCAGUAAAUAACUGAUUCUCUCAAAUUACGGAAUUGUUACAUAGAAGUUUAUAGAUUCUUAAAAACUUUUAAUCAGCCUACAGAGAGCUUCAGAGAAACAGGUUUUCCUACAAAUAUUUCAACUUAUUCAUGUGCCAAGGGACUAUUUCUACUCAUUUACAAAGAUCUGUGAAAACUACUCUGGGAUCUCUAGAGACUAUGAUUCUUUCUUUGAGAACAUUUGCCUUCUGGUAGGAAAAAAAGAUUUAAAGUGUGUCUUACUCAAUAAAAGACUAUGCCCUCUAGCCACUGAAAGAACUUAAUUGGGGAAUUAAUCCUUGACCACAAGUUCCUUGCAUUAUUAGGAAGUAGAAAAUGAAGAAAGAGUGGCAUGAAGAUUUUUCAAGUGGUCUAGGAAGAAAAUCUCCUGUUUGUUGGCUGUUCAGCUAUGGGCCCUCGAUCUCUUAGCAUUUCUUCUAAAACUCCAAGAUAGCAAGAAAUGUGAGCAGCUUUAACAUACCAUCCCUGAUCCAGUCCCAGCAAUGUCCUUGGAGAGUGAGCCUGGCAGUCCCUGUCUUUUCAGUUACCGAUCCCCUCAAAGAAACAGUGUCCCUUGCUUCAUUUGUAAUUUUGCAUCAGCACUUCUGAGAGCCUGUAGAUCAUCACAGUCUAGAGAUGGGAUUCCUGAACAUCUCUCCAGAAUUGUAUAAAUGAAGAGCAAGCAGACAAUAUAGUAUUUCAGUCUCAUCUCAGACAAAAUUGCAGGUUUCCAUCUGCCUCUCUUGCUUGGUAGGCUAAGGUUCGCUCAUUCGAUAUUAGAACUUCUUGCCUUCAGCUAAAUUCUCUGUAGACAGUUGCCUGUUACUUAAUCAAGGGAAAAAACAUGUCCCAGCUUCAGAUGAGUUCCAAGUCACAGAACCAGCUUACAAAAACGGCUACUAUUUCCGGUGGCUCUGGGAAACAGCACAAGAAGUAUGCUGCAGUAGAUUCUUUUGGAUACAUGAUGAGAUAUGUAAAUAGGAAGUUCAGAUUGUUGUUCUCAGUCAUGAAGCUGACUAAGACCUCACCUCUCUGGCAUCAAAAGAAUGAAAAUGAUCUCCCUGCUGGAUUCACUGAGGAGUUCUGUUAAGAACGGUUGCACUGUCUUAAAAACCAGUAACUCAGCUUGAAUGUUCAGGGGACAGACCCUCUCAGACUUCCUGCUGAAUAAAUCUGUUGAAAAAUGAGAUACUUCAUUGACUUGUUUAAAGCAAAGCAAAGGGAUAUUGUAGCUGCAUUCACUGUCUAUAGUACACGAGACAGCCUGUCUAACAGCUCAUUGGUUUAUUCUUCUGUUUUAGCACAUCUAGUUUGCUGUGAAUCUGAUUGUUACUGUAAAGUGGAAAUUCUGUUAUAGUCAUUUUAGAGCAAUUCACCAGAGAAACUCGGCACUGAAGUCCUGUGCAUAUGGAUUGUGGCAGCACUUUUCACCUGUACUUUGUUUUGAAUGUUAACCACUUAAGCUAGUAAUUAAGCAUUUGGCAUUUAAUUGUCAUCACAAAGCUGUUUUAUUACUUAAUCCCAGAAGUUAUGUCUCCUUAGCUUUAUUUGUGUCAUCUAAAUCCAUACCUAUUAAUGUCCAGGUUUUCCAGUGCUCCUGAAACAUCUUCCUUUUUCCCAUUCUGCUCAUAGAAAUGAGACCGAUUCUGUUGUUUGUUUGUAACUGAUGUUUAUGGUAAUACAAAAGCAUGAGUAGGACACAUGUGCCUGCUCUUCCAGUCUGGGGUCUUCUAGGAGAAAGGGUGCUUUUUCUGCUAGGCCUGUCUGAUACAGUGUAGGCAAUGCAAUGCCUUACCAGACGUAGCUGUGUGAGUUUUGUAAGAGAAAACUUCAUCACAGUAUAAGAUUUAAAUUCAGUAAAGUGAUUUUUUUUCUCCAAUUCCUGUGGCUGCAUGAAACAUUCAGACCACAUGUUUACCUUGAUGUUUAAGAGGAGCUGAAUGUCCCAAAGUGUUAUGUGGAAAGGAGCACUUCUGAAGCAAAUUUCUUAUUUUGGAUGUUGUUUUAUCUUGUAUUUGGUGCCUUAACUCUGUACAAUCUAAGGUCAUAUAUACUGUACCACAGGUAGUUUAAUAGUUAAGUGUAUUUUAAAAGAACCUGUCAAGCCUACUUUAUAGAAACUGUUGCAAAGACUGAAGCUUUCUCAGUAGGAGAGUUCUCUUCCGUGUUUAAUAAUCCAUUGAUAAACAAGAGUUGCAAGAAUUUAAAGAGCAUAUAAAAAUUUUAACCACAGAUUGAGACUGAAUUUAUCCGAUUUCUAACUGCAAAGGUUUGUGCCAAUAAGAAAAUUAAAGGUACAGUCUCUAUGCUGUGUAAGUAAACAUCAAAAUGUUUUAUAGCUAGCCAGAAGUGCAUGUUUGUGAAAACCUCUGGACUGUUAUCUCUACUAGAACAAAUUACACUAAUUCUAAAAGGCAUUAAUUGAAUGCAAUUGGCUAUCCUUCAUUCAUUUGUACAGGAGAGUUGGAAUGAGCAAGAAUUGCAAUUAAUUUUUAAUUCCAAAGUAGCACAUGGACUUAAGCCUCAUCCCUGCCUCUUACCUGGAUCUAGAAGCUCCAGGUGCCUUAUGCUGCUUUGCAGUUGGCGAGGUGUAGUGCAGCUUCUACUUGAACACAUGCUUGCUGAAUGCAUCUGGUCCUGGUAGAAUGGACUGAGGCAAGAGAGAGAGAAGAGAAGAUGAAGCUAGAAUGCCCUUCUCCAGUCUUAAACGUUGAUCAUCAUAGAUAGGAAGUUGGAGGAAAGUUGCACUGCCUUUUCCAAGUCCAUUAAUAGAGUCUGUGGUAAAACCAGGACAUUUAUGUCUACUGUGGUAAACCAGCAGUCUUAGUAUACUAAGAGCAGGGGGAGACUGUAUUGUUUUUUCAAUAGUUUAUAAGAAAUGAGAUAAGAGGUUUAAGCCAUCCAUAUAGCAGCUGCUAGUGAUGUUGCUACAGGAGAUUAAUGGGUUUUUUUCUGUUCAGUAAACAAGUUCAGGAUGGAAGGUUUUCCAGAGGAGGAAGAACAGGAGAAAUCCAAUGAACAAAUUCUGUUUCCUGAUGCAGCCCUAUCCAAAACAGGGAGACUGCUCCAGGCAGUAUAUAUAGCACGCAACUGAAUUUGGGGAGGGAAAGGAGUAAUAGUAGUUUCCCUUAAAGGAAUACUAGUAACUCAUUUCUACAGUGCCCACAGUCUUCUAGACAACUUGCUUUUACACAGAACAGCAUGACAACAAGGGAAAGCAGAUACUGCUUCCACAACUACACGUUGUAAUGUAUGUAUUUCAGGUCACCAAUAUUGGUGUAACUAGUUAUGACAAAGUAGGUUCAUCUUACCAGAAAAGCGUAUUUUGACGUUCUAUCCACUAUUUUUUUAAGCUAGAGGGGGUUAAUUAUAGCACUCAUCUGUUUUGAAGGGAGAAGAGCACAAGGUAAGUUUUAAUUUCAUACUUUGAAGCUGCUAUGAGUAAGUUGAUUAACAGUAUUCCAUGGAAACAACCUGAUGUACUUACUUAUUUUCUUUGUGCUCAUUUCUACGUUCUUAGAAAAGCACAAGCUUGUGUAAGCAUAAUCAAUACAAAGUUACUCAGGGUACUGUGUCAUCUCAGCAGUGGACACUAACUGCAUCUUAAGUCAAUAGGCACAUAUAAAUCAAGCUUAAUUAAGAGGAACAGAACAUCUUGGCAGGUCUUGCUUUACUACUGGCACUGUUACAAUUUAAUGAUCUAUGCAUAUGGAAAUGUGUGUAUUGCUGCACUCCCAAUAGAACCUGUAGUUCUGUAAGGGCAUCCUGUAAACUAACAAAGUAAAAUGUAGUCAGUGGAGGAGAGAGAGUGGUGUUCUUUCACUAUUUCCACAAAGAACUGUUUAUAAGCAGACAGAAAGUGAUACUGCUCAAAGCAGAAUAAUGGUGGGCUGAAGAACAGCAUUCAGAGUAAUACAGCUUUUGAAAAGUUAGUGAUUAUAUGAAUUUAAUUAUGAAAAUUCUAAUUUGCUGUACAGAUUAUUUCCUGUGUUUUCAAACUAGUAUCACUGCUUCCCUCCUCAAAAUAACAGGAUAAAACAAGUGUAGUUUUCUAGUAACAUCUAUUGCAUGGAAAUAUACAUAUACUGGAAGAAAACGGAAGCUGUACUGCAGAGAGCAUAUUCAACUACAGAGCCAUUCUCUGGGCAAUGCUGCAUAAUUUAAGAGUGGGUAAAUAUGCCUUCAGGGACAACACAACACAGAACAGAUGUUUAAAAAAAAAAAAAAUGGAAAAAAAAGCCUCGAAACUUUGUCAUGUCAUACAUUUAUGCUUCCCUGAAAAAGGGACAGGUACAUUCAUACGCACUUAGUGAUUUAUACAUCAGACAUCAUAAAGGUCCUUAAGAGCGAAUGUUUUAAAGCUAGUCUCCUUUUGGACAGAAAAGGGAGGAAGUUGACUCUGUCUUCCAGUUCCAAAGUGCAGUGUCUUAUUUCUCAUCCUAACCCUAAGUCAAUAUUUAUUGAUCGAACUGACUAAGCUUUUUAGGUUGACAAGCUCUCUACGAAGCAAUUCUGUUCUCUCAAGCCUCUGCAGGGGCCAGCAACUGGUGCUUAACUGCUACUUCCACUCCAGAAUGUCACCCGUCCUCCAGCUGUCCCAGAGCCAUGCUGGGACACUUGCACUUCUAAGAGAGCAACACUGCUGUGGGGGGACUGUCAAAAGCACUGAAAUACUACAGCAGAGCAAGUCCCAGUGGGCUGUAUGUAUGCUUUUUAAGUCCUGUCCAGUUCUUGGUGACAAAGUUGAGCAUGAAACCUGUACUGCCAAAUGUACCAGCCCCUUAAUGAAAAGGACAUCUAUGGGAAGCAGUCUCAGAAGUGGAGAUUUUGAGGAAAGGCUGGUGUUUUCCAAGUCCAACAUGUAAGCUUUUUUUUUUUUUUUUUUUUAAAUGGUUGAGUUUCCACCCACCAAAAAAUCACCAUCAGUCAAAUCAAUUAAAACAAUUGCUGCUAAUUUGGGCUAAAACAUCCCCCUUGUAUAACCCAAACUACCACCACCCAUCCAUCUAAAGAAUUCUUAAGCAAAGCACACUCAGGAGGCAGAGCCCUGCUAAGAGUCUGCACCCUAGAAGGCAGACAGGAAAUCUGGCAGUGCAGUAUAAUGUGACUUUUCUGAUGACAGUUACUUCUACAAGACAAGGAAAAGACAGAGGCAGUGCUUUGGGGCAGCGUUUCAUGCUCAGCAAGUUUGUAGAGGGAAGGAAUGCAAUUCUAUAAAUCACUUGUACUGUAUUUCUGUUUCUAGACUUGAAUGAAUUUCACUUUUCCUUUGUGGGUCAGCAUAGUAAACAUUAAAGAAAAGGUCUAUUUUUCUAAAUCUCUUUCACCAAUAGAGGUCUGACCUGCAGCCAACAGAUGGAUUUAUUUAUCCACAGAGGACAGAGUGUUUAUUUUUACACUAAGAUUGGAUAUGGCAUUGAAUAAAAAGAAGUAUGACCUUUGAACUAUCUAAACCUUAAAUACUAUGAACAAAUUCCACAAAUGAGUAAUAUGGUGGACAAUUCCAUCUUUCUUCCCAAUAAAUCUCUCUCUCAAAAGAAGUUACCCCAAAUUAAACUUCCAAAUGAAGUACAAGAGAUCCUUGUGGUCUAAUUACAGACUACUUUCAAAAUAUUUAAGAUUUCUCCCAAUUUGUAAUCUGUAGAGAACAAUGAUGAUUAAACUAUUCCUGACUAUACUGUAAAUAAAGCAACUUCAAAUAAAGUAAGUCAGCAACAACCUUAGCUAUUUUUAGCAUUGAAAAUGUAAUCUGAACAUUCAAAUUGUCUUAAUUUGGUAGCAAUUGAGUGGGAAGAAAAAUAACUGCACACUGGUUUUUAAAUUGAGCUGUACCUACUCACUAGCCAAAAAAGCCUGCAAAUGUAAAGUAAAUGGAAUACUCUUUGUACAUUAAGUUGCUUCCUCACGUGAUACUGUACCCUGUACACUUGGCUUCAUUUGGCUUCUGUGUUGUGGUUUGUACGCCAGCCACUGUUACUGACUGUACACAACACUUGGAUCUGCACUGUUAUCUUGGUUCAUUUGCCACUGAUUGUAACCCAAUGCUACAGACUUCUCUGUAUAUAAAACCGUUACCAUGUCCCAUUUGCUUCCAACAGCAUACAAUAAAGGCUUAUCUCUGUAAACAGGAA